AAGUGGAGGUGGUGUACGGAAGUAGCAUGGGAUUUUAUUACUAAGCAACAGAGAACCGGCGAAUUGGUAAAACACGAUUAAAUUACGCCAUGGACUUUAACCGCAUCCGUAGAACAAAUGCCAAAUAAGCCUUCGAUUAGACUCUGCAUUCCGCAGCUCUUCUAGUGAUACAGUGAGAAGUAAUUUUCUGCAUGAGUUCCAGCAGGUUGCUUUGGGAUGAAUAACGUUACAUUUAAAGACGCCCCUUUGGCUGCGACAGAAAUGCAUGCGAAUGAUCACCAAAAUCACGACUCUCACUGUGGAACCGAUGUGGCCCGUGCACGAUGGGCUCUUCUGCGACAGGUGCUGAAACAGAAGCAGCUCGACAGUCAAGAUGUUCAGCAGGUGUCAGUGCGGAGAUUCUCCUCCUUUAACCUGUUCUCCAGGAGCAGAGGGACUCCCCCAGAGACCGAGGACCCUUCUGACGGCCAGUGGGUGGAGUACAGAAGUGCAAUCUUUCCCCAGUACAGUGCCUUACUCAGAGACAAUCUUGGCCCCAUUAGAGUGGAUGAGGUUCUCAGCAGCUUUGACAACACGGGAAAUGUCUGUGUCUGGCCUUCAGAAGAGGUGAUGGCCUACUACUGCCUGAAGAAACGCCACAUGUUUACGGGUUCCUCGGUCUGUGAGCUGGGUGGAGGAAUGACAUGUCUCGCCGGCCUCAUGAUUGCGGUUUGUGCUGAUGUGAAGGAAGUGCUGCUAUCUGAUGGAAACGAGAAGGCAAUUCAGAAUGUGCGCAGCGUAAUUGAGAGAAACAGACGAGAAGGGCUCUUCCUGUCUACCAACGUGUCAAGCAGGGUGGUGAGAUGGGACAAUGAGGCUGAUGUGUCUUCUCUGGAGAGUCGCUUUGACGUGGUGAUGUGCGCUGACUGUCUGUUUCUUGACCAGUACAGAGGCAGUCUGGUUGAUGCACUAAGAAGAUUACUGCGACCUGAUGGCACGGCUCUAGUAUUUGCCCCUACCAGAGGAGACACACUGGCAGAAUUCAGCCGACUGGCAGAGAGCGUAGGCCUGAGAGUGUGCCGCUACGAUAACUACGACUCACACUUGUGGGACCUUCAUCUAAAGAUGCAGCAAGAGGGAAAGGAGGUGUACGAUGAGAACAUCCACUAUCCUCUUCUACUGACUCUUACUCAUGGGUCCAGUCCAGCCCUGAUCUGACCUGAUCACCACUGGGCAAAGCCAUCUCAUGCCAGGCUGCCUUCCUGUACCGCCCACCCCGCCUGUGCCACUGUGUGUGUGGUUGUAUGUGUGUGUGUGUGCGUAUGUCUGUGUGUAUGUGUGAGCACCAGGGCUAAGCGGCCACUUAUCACACUCCUCAACUUUUUUUAACUACCGCGUGUGUGUGUGUGUGUGUGUAUGCUUUGAAAAACAAACUAUGUAUGUAGGUGAGUCACUGUGUGUGUUUGACCUGUUUACUGUGCAACACCAGUGUGAAAUGCGUUCAAUGGGAAGGGAGAACACAUCCCUCCCUCUCAUAAUAAAAAAAGAAGCUGUGGAUGUGAUGCUCAGAUAUGAACUCAUUCAAUGCCUGUGAGGAUGCGUGAUAUCAGAGAUGAUGAUGAUUCAGGGCAGAACCUUAUGAUUUUAUGAGUUUGACACUGGAGGCUGAUACGGCUAAUCAGGUUGGCCUCGUAAAUGAGGCCGUCUUGGUCAUGAGAUCUAGUUAUUGUAAUGAUACCAGCUCUCAGUUCACCGUUAGCCACUGAUUCUGUAUUUACACUCAGAGGUUGACUCUGACACCAAAGGUUAGGAGGGUUGAGAUGGAUUCUGCUGCUGCGCUGAAUGUUAUUUGCUUCACUGUGAAUUUCUCUCACAUCGAAAACUGAAAAGAUAUGACAGAUCAGGCCAGAAUUGCUGAACUGAUGUCUUGACUGUGUCACUACACACUGCUUUACUGGUAAGACCCGCAGCACUGUUCUUCUUUAAAGAUAUAUUUCACCACAGAUAUGAUAAAUAUGGUGUCUUUUACUCAUUGCCUGUUUAGGUCAGCAAUUAAGAAUGCAUUCAAACAAACAAUAAAAGGUAACACUUUACAAUAUGGUUAUAUUAAUUAAUUUUAGUUUUACGAACACUGAAAAAUAAAUUUAUUACUGUAUUUGUCAAAGGCACCUAUGAAUAAAAUCAUCUUUUGAAAGAUGUUUGGACAAUUGUGUAUAGGUAUGAUGCGUCCACAGUCAUACUGCGGUGAUUUAAAGACAUUACAUCUGGGUUUUUUUUAUUCCUUUCCCAUCCAAAUGCAUCUUGAUAACUGGUCUCGAUAGAGCCCCACUAUCUCUUUAAAAUGAAUUUGGUUUUCUUUUUAUCUUGGUAGAAUGAAUGUGCUGUUUUCCAUGCAAUUAAAGUAGAUAAAGACUGUAUGCAGGAUUGUUAAGAGCAGUGAUGCCCAAACUUUUUGUUAUUAGGGGCCAAAUACCAAUCUUGAUUGAGAGUUGUGGGCCGAAGGUAUUUCAAGCUGUAUAACAAAAUUACCAUUGAUAAUAUCCAUUAAUAGAAAACAUGAUCAGAUUAAGCAAUG